GCACACUCUGGGUUAUAUUUAGACCUGCUUCAGACCACCUGACCACAAACAGCUAGGACCCCACAAAACAAAAACACACGGGCUGCAAGAUUCAGAUCCCUGAGUGUGCUUUGAUAUAGAAAUGGGUGACUUUGAAGAGGAAGGCAUAGAUGAGGAACUUAUGGAGUUUGCCAUUCGAGAGAGCUUUCGGGAUGCCUACAAGCUGCCAUGUUCAAUACACACAAACAGGAAGGAGCCAAACAGUGAUGACUUUAUGAAGAUAAUGGCAGCGAUUCACAAAGGUGAUGUGUAUGCGCUGCAGGAGCUGUCAGGUUGUGUGUCUGCCUUCAGACAGAGGGACAGCAAGGGCCGGCUGCCUCUGCACGCAGCAGCUGUGCAGCCACAGCGAGACAUCCUACGUGUGGUGCUGCAGGCAAUGUUGACGUCUACAGACCUGACCCUGGAGGAGCAGACAGACGAUGGGGACACGUCCCUGACUCUGGCAGCAGAGGCUGGCCUGGUGAAAAACGUAACGAUGCUGCUGCAGCAUGGAGCUUCACCACACAACACCAACAGCAGGAAUGAGUCUCCUCUGCUGAUCGCAGUGAGACAGAGAUCAUACGACAUGGUUCUAUCCCUCAUCAUGGGUGGGGCCUUUGUGGAGCAGGUGUGCCUCACUAAGUGGACGGCCACACAUGAAGCGGCAAAGCAGGUGGGCUGUCCAGCUAUUCUGAUGCUGCUGCUUCGACACGGAGCCAAAGUAACUGCCAGAGACGGUCAUGGGGUGACUCCUCUGGGGAUCGCAGCUGCAUAUGGCAACACUGAAGCUUUGGAAAUACUCAUACAGCAUGGUGGUGACGUGAACGCCAAGGCCAGCAAUGGAGACACAGUCCUGUAUGAUGCAGCUGGAUCUGGAAACCUGGACAGUAUCGAGCUACUCCUGCAGCACGGAGCCAACCCGAAUGUAGCCAGCUAUGCCUGCCAGCUGCCCAUCCACAGGGCUGCAUAUGAGGGACACAUACUAGCCCUGAGGACUCUCAUCCCCAUCACCACAAAGAGAGCUAUCCGUCUCUCAGGCCAGAACCCCGUCCACUCAGCAGCUGACGGGGGACAGGUUGAGUGUCUGCAGCUGCUUAUCGAGAAAGGAUAUGAUGUCAAUGCCUUGCUAGACACACACAUCUCUGAGAACUACGGCGACCUCAGGAAGUCUCCUCUGUACUUUGCUGUUUCCAACGGUGAUGUGACCUGCGCUGAGAUGCUGCUUGCAGCUGGAGCGAGAACUGACCUAGACCCACUACGGUGCAUCCUGGUCGCUAUACGCGCUGAGAGAUAUGAGCUGGUGCAGCUGCUGCUCUCCUAUGGAGCGGAGGUGAAUUGUUACUUCAGAGUGAUCAGCAACACACUGUUCCCCACAACCCUGCAGUACAGCCUGAGGGACCAUGUCAUGCUGCGACUGCUGCUCAACAAUGGAUUUCAUGCUUACAAAUGUUUCCAGUGUUGUCAUGGUAAAGGUGAAGACAUGGAUGGUAUCUGGACUGAAGUCCAUAACCAAGCCUACCAAAUUUACAGUCAACCUAACGUCAUCUCGUUCUGUGACUUUGUGUCGGUAUCAUGGGUGACACAUCUGGUUGGCAGUGUUGUGAGGAUGCUCCUCGACUACGUCAGCCAUGUCAGCAUCUGUCCCAACCUCAGUCGCAUCCUAGAGAGGACGCCCGAGUGGGAGGAGAUUUCUGACAUACUGAGCAAACCACGGUCCCUGCAGCACUUGUGUCGACUGGUAAUCAGAGCUCACAUGAGCCUCAGGAUGCUGAAUGACCCUGAAGCCAUGGCUGCUGUCCCUUUUCCUCCAAGACUGAAGAAAUACCUGACCUACGGAGAGAACGACUUCUUUGGUGACCUCUCCUCUACGUGAAACACAUUUUAUUUAUACCUGUGUAAUUGAAACUAAUGAAGCUAAAAACACUAGUCAUUCUUUAAAAAAUUACCAGUGGGUCCUUUUGUAUUCCAUUUGUUAAGUUUUAUAUGUUAAAAGCUGGAGUGCCUUAGUAGAAUAUUCUUGAUAUACUGCUUAAAUUCUAGAAAACAAUAGUGAAUAGUUAAUAGAGCUGAAAAGUGAAUGUAUAGCAUAUGAACAGUGUUGGAGAGUAACUAGUUACAUGUAUGUGCGUUACGUAAUUUAAUCACAAAAUAAACUGUAAUCCAUUACAGUUACUGGAAAAAAUGUGCAAUGUAAUUACAGUAUUAUACAGUAAGUUUUAUAGUUACCUAUAAAACUUUAAAGAUUACAUUGGGGGUUACAUCUGAAUAUUUUCUGUAAAAAAGCUUGUCUAUAUGCUGAAUAAGGUGCACAGUGCUUUCCUUUGCCAUUUCCAGCCUUUAGUAAAGUUUGAUGCUAUUCUGAUGCUUUUGAUCCCAGUUAAAUUGUCUCUUAAACUGUUGGAGAGUUGCCACCAUGUCUACAGAUAAAAACAGGUUCCAGUGCUGGAAACAAAAUAAAAAACAGUUCAUACAGAAAUCAGAAAAGGGUUCGAACAUAAUGCAAUGCAAAAUAUGUUUAAAAUGCUUUCAACAUUGAAAAUAUCCAUAUGCCAAGAUCUGCAGGUACAUUAUAGCUUACAGUAACUGCAAGCAGUCAGAUUACAUAAAGUAGGGACAUGCAUAAGACAUGCCUACCUCUCGCGUGCCACACCAUGCUUCUAAUGUGUAUUAAAGACGUAUUUUUGCUCCAUAUUUUGCUUAGUGCAUAUCCAGGAUUUUGAAGUCUGACUUUGUGGUGGCUGUUCUUCAAAAGUUAAUUAUUAUAAUCUUAAUUCAUGUGAUGAAGGAUUUCAAAAAGAGUUUGACAGUAGUCAGUGUUGAGUACUGCUGUAAGGUUAACACUGCCAGGUUUAAACACAUUAGGAAUUUAGAAAAGUAAUCACAAUGUAAUAAGUUACAUUGAUAAAGUAAUUUAAAAAGUUACACUACUAUUACAUUUUAAAUAGGGUAAUUUGUAAUCAGUAACCUAUUACAUUUUCAAAGUAACCUUCCCAGCACAGCAUAUGAAAUAGAUGUCUCACAAAUCUUCAGUGUCUUGUACACCCACACAGGUGUUUUCACUUGUUGCUAAUUAGACCUCUGCUUAUGGAGAGGUUGGGCAGGGAAUUGUAAGAGGUCUCCAAACUGCAUCAACCAAACUGCAACUUUAGGUGUAAGUAGUCCCACCCUAACAGGUGCAAUGGAGUGUAAAAGAAAUGUGUGUACAUGCCCACACAGUACUGACAAGAGGUCUAAUCAGGCAGGUUAGGUGAAAAUGCCUGUGUGGGUGGAUACAGUUAUUCUCACUUUGGUGCUGGCUUUAAGUGUAAACACUGUGUAUGUUCAAUAUGGUGUUUGAAAAUGUAAAAUAUAAUAGCACUGUUACUCUAA